CUAUAUAAUACGAGCAGCAGCAAGCAGCGGAAGACAGACACCACAGUUGGGAUUCCCAUCUCAUCCCAUCAUCUAUCCACACAGGACCGGCGUGCUUUAAUUGGUUUGUUUUGGUGAAUCAAUUUCAAUCACAAUGACAAUCACAUUAAUCACAGAAGGCAGCAUGGCUGAGGCUGAGGCUGGGGCUGGGGUCGAGGUCGGCGAAUCAGCAUCGCGGAACUGGAAGGAGCUGAUCCCCGAUGCGCUGGGCGUCAUAUUCAAAAAGCUUCCGCUGCGGGAGGCGCUGACGGCGGUGCCAUGCGUCUGCAAGCCCUGGAGGUCCGUAGCGGUGGGGCCCCGCUGCUGGCAGGAGAUCGACAUCCAGGAGUGGAGCCGCACCUCCGCCCCGGCGCAACUCGACCGUAUGCUCCGCCUUCUCAUCCCAAGGAGCGAUGGCUCGCUCCGGAAGCUCUGCAUCUCCGGCCUAGCCGGGGAGGACUCCUUUUCUUUCGUAGCUGGCCGCGCACGAUCCCUGCAAACCCUUUGCCUGCCGAGGUGCAGCGUCCCCGGCCCGGCUCUGGAGAAUGGGGCUGCGGCUGGGGUGUUCGCCAACAUCGUCUGCCUGGACCUGAGCUACUGCCUCACCGUUGGGGCCCGCGCCCUCGAAGCCAUCGGAACCAACUGCCCGUCCCUCGCCACGCUCCUCCGGGUCAUGGACCUGAUGGAGGUGAUCAACGGGCCCCCGCAGGACGACGAGGCUCUCGCCAUCGCCGCCACCAUGCCCAGGUUGAGGCGCCUCGAGAUCACUCACCUGCAGCUGCGGAGGACCUCCAGCGCGCGGGAGAUCAUCCAGCGGUGCACGCGCCUGGAGCUCCUUGACAUCCGGGGCUGCUGGGAGGUGCACCUGGACGAGGACUUCACCAGGGGGUUCCCUGGGCUGCGCGUGAUCGGCCCGCACUUUCCCGACUCCCACAGCACCUACGGCUGGGACGUCGUCUCCUCCGACCACCACGGCUUCCUCGCCUGGGACUUUGUGGUCGGCGAUCCUGAUCUGGAUGACGAGUGGGAGGACUAUCUGGGGACAUCCGAUGAGGAGGAGGAGGAGGAAGAAGAGGAGGAGGAGGAGUACUACUACACCACCACUGAUGAUGAUGAUGAAGAAGAAGAAGAAGAAGAAGAAGAAGAUGCUGAUGAUGAUGAAGACUACUAAUCUACCUCCCCCCCCAAUAAUUAAGAGAGAGGCAUGGAGAAGGAGGUAAGA